AUGCCACCAAAAGCUGAUUGGGAUAAAUACGUCGCUCCUGAUGAGGAUGAUGAAAACAGUCAAGAUAAAAUCGUCCCAUUGAGUGAGGGAGAUAUCCAAGUUUUGAAAACUUAUGGAGCUGCCCCUUAUGGUGAAACUUUGAAACAAAUAGAAAAGGAUUUAAAGAAGAUCGAAGAAAGAAUCAAAGAGAACAUUGGGGUUAAGGAAAGUGACACUGGUUUGGCUAUACCCCAUUUGUGGGAUUUGAUGGGUGAUAAACAAAGAAUGUCUGAAGAACAACCUUUACAAGUUGCAAGAUGUACUAAAAUUAUCGAAGCUUCAAAUGCUAAUCCUCAACCAGGUUUAUUACCUAAUGCUGAUUCAAAAUCAAAAUAUGUCAUAAAUAUUAAACAAAUAGCCAAAUUCGUUGUUGGUUUGGGUGAAAGAGUCUCUCCUACUGAUAUUGAAGAAGGUAUGAGAGUUGGAGUGGAUAGACAAAAAUAUGAAAUUCAAUUACCUUUGCCUCCAAGAAUUGAUCCUUCCGUCACCAUGAUGACUGUUGAAGAAAAACCUGAUGUUACUUAUAGUGAUAUUGGUGGAUGUAAAGAACAAAUUGAAAAAUUAAGAGAAGUGGUAGAGUUACCUUUGUUAUCUCCUGAAAGAUUUGUUAAAUUAGGUAUCGACCCUCCAAAAGGUAUAUUAUUAUAUGGUCCUCCAGGUACAGGUAAAACUUUAUGUGCGAGAGCUGUCGCCAAUAGAACUGAUGCUACUUUCAUCAGAGUAAUUGGUUCAGAAUUGGUUCAAAAAUACGUUGGUGAAGGUGCUAGAAUGGUCAGAGAAUUAUUCGAAAUGGCUAGAACUAAAAAAGCUUGUAUCAUUUUCUUCGAUGAAGUUGAUGCUAUCGGUGGUGCCAGAUUUGAUGAUGGUGCUGGUGGUGACAAUGAAGUUCAAAGAACUAUGUUGGAAUUAAUUACUCAAUUAGAUGGUUUCGAUCCAAGAGGUAAUAUUAAAGUCAUGUUCGCAACUAAUAGACCUAAUACAUUAGAUCCUGCUUUAUUAAGACCUGGUAGAAUUGAUAGAAAAGUUGAAUUUUCUUUACCUGAUUUAGAAGGUAGAGCAAAUAUUUUCAGAAUUCAUUCGAAAACAAUGAGUUGUGAAAAAGGAAUAAGAUGGGAAUUGAUUUCAAGAUUAUGUCCUAAUGCAACUGGUGCUGAAUUAAGAUCUGUCUGUACCGAAGCUGGUAUGUUUGCAAUUAGAGCAAGAAGAAAAGUAGCAAAUGAGAAAGAUUUCUUGAAAGCGGUAGAAAAGGUUAUUAAAGGUAACUUGAAAUUCAGUUCCACAAGUCAAUACAUGCAAUAUAAUUAA